AAGAAGUUCAAAUGACUUUUCUAUCAUUCAGUUUUAUCUGUUUUCGAGGGGAUCCAGUGGAAGAGAGCUUCAAGCGGCAUGAGAGAGGACCAACGCGGCGGUGGAUCGGGAGGAUGACGGAAACGCGCCGGCGGACGAAGACGCGCCAGAGGCGAGUGCGGUGGAGACGCUCGGCGGUGGAGGCAGAGAAUCCGGAGGCGAGUGCGGCAGAGGAAUGGGGAGAUGGUGGGUUCGUAGCCGUCGGACUCGGAUCAUCUCCGCCACUCCGCAGGUUCCGCGACGUCGCCGUAUCCGCCGCACGGUGUGGCAUUGCCUUCGAUGCCUCCAAGAGAUCUGCGACGCGUCGGAGAUCAAACUCAUAAUCACCUAUCCGAACGCUACCGCAGAUUCCGACGCCGAUUCAGACGGAUUCCUCCGCCUCGGGAGCAACUUGCCGCACAGAUUCAGUCCCGAGGAUCUUCUCGAUAAAGACUUCCCUCUCAUCCUCGAGCAUCGCGAUAACAACCUCACGAUCUCGGAUCGCGAUCCAAUCUCCAACGGAAACACCGAUUCCGCCGUGGAAUUGAAACAUGCGGCUCUAGCGGCGGCAAACAGAUUGUGUCCGUCGGGUGCUUCGGUUGUGGUGGUGAAGAAGAAGAUGGUUGUGGGAUACGGGUAG